GCGGUGGAUAACCUGCUGCGGUGCGGGAUUUGCUUCGAUUACUUCAGCAUUGCGAUGAUCAUCCCGCAGUGUUCGCACAACUACUGUUCUCUCUGCAUACGCAAGUUUCUGUCCUACAAAACUCAGUGUCCAACUUGCUGCGUGGCAGUCUCGGAGUCGGACCUGAAAAACAACCGGGCACUGGAUGAACUAGUGAAGAGCUUUAACUCUGCGAGGCAGCAGCUGUUCCAGCUGGUCCUGGAUACUCCGCUGGUUGCAUCUGCGCUGGCCUGCAGCAGGCAUGUGGCAGGCAGAAGCCACGCUAGGAGUCCUGUUUCUUGGCCGGCUGUAAAAGAGGAGGUGCUGGCGAUCGACACUUUCUUGAAAAAGGAAAAAGACUGCACCCCAAUGAGCCUGGCGGGAGCAGAGCAGAUUGACAAAACUGAGGAAAACCACGACCUGCGCAGCAGCUCUGCAGGGGCUGAUGGUACAGACAAUCAAGUGCGAUCACAGGAGAGUCUCGAGUGCACCCAAAGCCCUGAAAAGCCUUCUACGUCUGUGGUAAAAGUCGUCAAGAAAGUGGAGUGUCCUGUUUGCGAUGUUGCCAUCCCAGAGCAGUACAUAAACAAACACCUGGACAGCUGCUUGACAAGGGACGAGAAGAGGGACAGCCUCAGGAGUUCUGCUCAGAAGAGGAAGCCUAUGUCUAAAGUGGUUUACAACUUGCUCUCGGAUCGUGAUUUGAAGAAGAAACUGAAGGAACAUGGUCUGUCGACCUGCGGAACGCGGCAGCAGCUCAUUAAAAGACACCAGGAAUUUGUGCACAUGUAUAAUGCUCAGUGUGAUUCUCUAAAUCCCAAAUCAGUUGCAGAGGUUGUUAAAGAGCUGGAAAAGAAUGAGAAGAUUCGGGUUCAACUUGAAUCUAAAAGAACUGGUGAAAAUAGCUUGACCUUCACAAAGGACCAGACAGAGGAAGAAAUAGAUGAGAUCCACGCUAAUUACCGUAACAAACACAGAAGCGAGUUUCAGUUUUUGGUGGAUCAAGUAAAUAACCGGUGGACGAAGAGUGGCAAGAGGAAAACAGAAAGUGAUCAAAACAAGGGAGCCAUCGCUGUCGAGGAACUGCCGGCGGCCCCAGAAUGCGGAGAGGAGCAGCCCAGCGCUGUCGUCCUCGGAGCAGCUCAGUCACCCAAAACAGAGAGCCCUGAUGGCAGAGGAGAGGACUCCCAUCCACUGGAGGGAGGGCAGGGAUCGGCCUCUCCUGCGCUGUCGCUGCCAUCGGGCUCCACAAGCAGCCAUAAAAGCGAGCUACUGCGCUGGCCAAGAGGACGGGAGGCUGAACCUGCCAGGAGCCGCAGCCACUCGCACCGGACGGAUCCUGGCACCCGUAGCAGGGGGACGUGGUCGCUGUCGUCAUCAUGGGCCGUGUCCGCGG